CAGAAAGAACAAUCAAAAUGCAGGCAGGGCACAGGACAAAGCAUUAGGGACAAAAUUUUAUUAGAAAAUGAAAUUUUUCAAAAUUUUUACAUUUGCCGCCGGAUCCGGCCCCCGUACGUCCCGUACGUCUCGACGCUUGCAGGGACUGGAACACGGAAGCCGGAUGCCAGCAUCGACUGGAGGAGAUGGCCGGGGACUCUGCAGGGGACGCAUCACGGGAGCAAAGGACAAGGUAAGCGCUGCAGGGAAUCCCUGAGCAACGCCGCAUGGUAAGCCCGAGUGUAGCUCGGGGUUACCGCUUUUGGUACUGAAA